CCGGAGCCCCGCCAGAGCCGGGCUUCAGCCCUAACCAGAGCCGGCGUCAGCGGAGGCGGAACGGCGGACGCUGUGCGCCGGCGAUACCGGAGACCCAGCAGGUGAAGGCAAGGUUCCUGGACUGGUCAGACACUUUCUUGUAGCCUUGGCAGAGUCAAGAUGAGGCCCUAUCAUGUUCUGCCAGUGAAGCCUGCAGCCUGAGCAUAUAGCAUGGCCUGCCACUGGCCGUGAACAGCAUGGCUGCAGGAAGUGGCCGGGCCUUCACUUGGCAGGUGUUCCCCCCCAUGCCCACUUGCCGGGUGUAUGGCACAGUGGCGCACCAGGAUGGGCACCUGCUGGUGUUGGGGGGCUGUGGCCGGGCUGGGUUACCCCUGGACACUGCUGAGACAUUGGAUAUGGCCUCACAUACAUGGCUGGCACUGACACCCCUGCCCACUGCCCGGGCUGGUGCAGCUGCUGUGGUUCUGGGUAAGCAGGUGCUAGUGGUAGGCGGUGUGGAUGAAGUCCAGAGCCCAGUAGCUGCUGUGGAGGCCUUCCUGGCUGAUGAAGGCCGCUGGGAGCGUCGGGCCACCCUCCCUCAAGCAGCCAUGGGGGUUGCAACUGUGGAGAGAGAUGGUAUGGUGUAUGCUCUGGGGGGAAUGGGCCCUGACACGGCCCCCCAGGCCCAGGUACGGGUGUAUGAGCCCCGCCGGGACUGCUGGCUUUCGCUACCUUCCAUGCCCACACCCUGCUACGGGGCCUCCACCUUCCUGCACGGGAACAAGAUCUAUGUCCUGGGGGGCCGUCAGGGCAAGCUUCCAGUGACUGCUUUUGAAGCUUUUGAUCUGGAGACCCGUACCUGGACCCGACACCCAAGCCUGCCCAGCCGUCGGGCCUUUGCUGGCUGUGCCAUGGCCGAAGGCAGUGUCUUUAGCCUGGGUGGCCUGCAGCAGCCCGGGCCCCACAAUUUCUACUCCCGCCCACACUUUGUCAACACUGUGGAGAUGUUUGACCUGGAGCAUGGGUCCUGGACCAAGCUGCCCCGCAGCCUGCGCAUGAGAGAUAAGAGGGCUGACUUUGUGGUCGGCUCCCUUGGGGGCCACAUUGUGGCUAUCGGGGGCCUUGGAAACCAGCCGUGUCCUCUGGGCUCUGUGGAAAGCUUCAGCCUUGCACGACGGCGCUGGGAGACACUGCCAACAAUGCCCACAGCCCGCUGUUCCUGCUCUAGCCUACAGGCUGGGUCUCGGCUGUUUGUUAUUGGGGGUGUAGCUCAGGGCCCCAGUCAAGCUGUGGAGGCAUUGUGUUUGCGUGAUGGAGUCUGAAGGCCUGGUGGAACCUGUCCACUAGAGUAGCUCCGUGCAGAAGCAGAUGUCUGGCUCCUUUUGCUACUUAGGGAGCUCUCUGUGGCUCUGUAGGAUGAGGGAGACUCAGGUGCACACCUGAGGCACUGCCUUGGGGACUUGGGUGGGGGGGAGCCUUUGUCUUUAGCACAGGACACAUAUAUGCUCACACCACCUUUACUGUCAUCCAUUCAUGAACUAUACUUAGCUCCACCCUUGCCCUAAAACCUACUAGGCCCUCUGUCUAACCAGGAAGUGGAGAGAGUUUGAUUAUCUAGAGUUGUCCAGUGGCCAUUCCUGAAAAAGUCUAACUGCCAGCCUGCUUCAAGGGUCUCUGUAGACCCAGGAGUGUUCAGAGAGGUGGGAGAUACAGAAGGAAUGGGAGAGAGAAUGAGGGAACUGCCAGAGGGUCAGAGGAAUGCUGGCUUUGGGCCCUCUACACUGAUGGUUGUAUGACCUUGGGCAAGUCAUUUCACUUCUCUGUGCCUCAGCAUCCUCAUCUGUAAAUGGGGAUCUCGAAACCUUCCUGCCCUACCUACCUCACAGGGCUGUUGUGAGGACCCAGGGAGAUGGAUGUGGAAGUAAAAGCACUGCUAAAAUCU